AUGAGUUCCAAAAAGAUCAUCGAGUUUCCAGAUGUUUCGAAUAAGCUUCAAGCUCCUUCCAAGAAAUCGUUAUUCGAGAGGCAGAAAGCAGAUGCAGAAGCGAAGAGGUUGAGGGAGGAGGCGGAAACGAAGGCUGUAUAUGAGGAUUUUGUGAAAAGUUUCGAUGAUGAAGAUGAUGCGCCUGCAGCUGGAGCUGAUGGGAUGGGAGGAAUGGGCGGCAUGGGAGGAAAUAGACAUUUUGGAAGAGGAGGAUUUAGCAGUGGAAUGGGAAGAGGAGGUUUUGGGGACAGUAGAGGAGGAUUUGCGCCACGAGGAGGACCAGGGAUGGGCAGUGGACCGGGGAGCUUAGGACCUUUACCCGGGAAUAUGAGCAAUAGUACUUUACCAAAGAAAAGAACAUUCGAAGGCUUCGCACAGAGCUCCUCGCGCAGAGACGACAGAGGACCAUUUGCAUUUGACGACUACAGUCAUGACGGACCUGCAUCAAAAGUCCUCAAGACAUUCGACCAUGAUGAAGACAGUAUGGGGACCAGCAGAGACGAGGAGAGAGCUGUGGCCAAACCCACCUUACGACUCGCAUCUCUACCUCCUGGUACCUCGCCUGCUGUCAUUAAAGCUUUACUCCCUACAAACUUGACAGUCGAUGCUGUCAGAAUCAUACCACCUUCUGGUCCAACCUCAUUUACGGAAAGAAAAUCGAUGUCGGCGAUCGUCACACUGGCCAAAGACACCCCCGCGAAUGACAUUGACACAACAGUCAACUCGCUACAAAACAAAUACUUGGGAUUUGGAUAUUAUUUGAAUUUGCAUAGGCAUUUGUCAUCAGCGGCGAUUUCGAAUUCUACACAGAUUUCAAACAUAGGGAGUGCAGCGGCCUCGCAACCUUUCGGCGCCAAACCAGUCAAUCCACCAGCAGCUCGCGGAGGGUUUUCAGGGUCGUCUCAUCGUGGGGGCUUUGCUCCCCCUACCUCUUAUAACAACACACCUCAAUUAAGCCGAUCCACACUUUUUGUUCCAGUCCAGCCACCGCAGGAUAUUAAAGAAUUGAAACUCAUUCACAAAACUAUUGAAUCGCUUCUCACUCAUGGACCCGAGUUCGAAGCGCUCUUGAUGUCACGCGCUUCCGUUCAGCGAGAAGAAAAAUGGGCAUGGUUAUGGGAUUCGAGAAGUACAGGUGGUGUUUGGUAUCGAUGGCGAUUAUGGGAGGUGCUGACAGGUUCGCAAUCCAAAAGAGGGCAAGGAAAAUACCUGCCACUAUUUGAAGGUUCUUCGGCAUGGAAGCAACCCGAUCAACCUUUAGCAUAUGAAUACACGACCCGUCUAGAUGAAUUUGUUUCGGAUUCUGAGUACAACUCAUCUGAUGAAGACGACUCUGGUGAUGAAGGUGCUAGACGUCCUCCAAUUGACCCAAACACACUAAAUGAGGACGGAAAAGCAUAUCUGAACCCUCUUGAGAAGGCUAAACUCACACAUCUUCUAUCACGCUUACCUACUAGUACUGGCAAACUACGAAAAGGAGACGUAGCUCGAGUCACUGCAUUUGCAAUCUCACAUGCAGGUCGAGGAGCCGAUGAAGUCGUCUCGGCAAUUGUAUCUAAUGUCGAAAAGCCCUUUGCUUACACAUCCGCAAAUCCCGAUCGCAAAAAGGACAAGGAGAGAGAUAACAGCGGUGAUGAAAAAGACGAUAAUGCCGAAGAGGAAGACACCAGUUCUGCGUCACUAAUAGGCUUAUAUAUUGUAUCUGAUAUUUUAUCAAGUAGUUCUACGAGUGGUGUCCGACACGCAUGGCGCUAUCGACAACUAUUCGAGCAGGAAAUGCGGAGGAAAAAGACGUUUGAGGGAUUGGGGAGGAUGGAGCGGAAAAUGAAGUGGGGGAGAUUAAGGGCCGAGAAGUGGAAGAGAAGUGUAGGGAAUGUGUUGGGUUUAUGGGAGGGUUGGUGUGUGUUCCCACAGGAAAGCCAGGACGAAUUCGGUAAGGUGUUUAGGGAACCUCCUUUGUCAGCCGAGGAAUUGAAAGAGCUAGAGGAAAAGGGCAAGGAGGAGAAGAACAAAGAGAAGAGCAAAUGGAAAGCGGUCGAGGUAGCACCAAAGGAGAAAGCUAAAGAGGAAGCUGAUGAAGAGGGUUUGGAUGGUGAACCGAUGGUAGAAGAUGAUGAGAAUGUAGAUGGUGUUCCAAUGGAAGAGGAAGAUGUCGACGGAGAACCAAUGGUGGAUAGUGAUGAUGGUGGUGAUCUGGAUGGAGAACCCGUGCAAGUACAAGAAGAUGAAGGGGACACGUAUGAACCUCCUCCUGCCGCGGAGACAGCACCCGACCCGACAGUGAAGGUUGAAGAGUCUGCACCGCCGAGAAGAGCAAGACCGCGAGCAGUAGAUAUGUUUGCUGACUCGGAUGAUGAGGAUUGA